CUAGCUAGGCAUCGCUAAUGGGGGAUCUCAUAGACAAACACCAAUCCACCAUGAAGUCCUCCAGCACCAGCCCAAGCCGUCUCACGAGGAAGGUGCUCUACCUCACCCCUCCCGUCCUGCUCACCGUCUUCUUCUACCUCCACCUGGAGACCCUCACCCUCUUCUUCACCGUACAAUGCGCCAGCAGGCUCGGCAAUGGCGUCGACGACCGCCUCCGUGCAUCGGCCACCUUCCUCCCGCUCAAGGACACCCGUGAGGGCGCCGACACAUGGUUCAUCAGCACCCUGAAUGACACCUCCGAGCCUCCAGGCGAGGCGAGGAACCUUCAGUUUCCGUCCACGGCCUCCGCGGGCCGCCUCCUCUGCUUAGCCGCCCCCUCGCGCCGCGACGGCACCAAGAACGCCUAUGCGCUGGCGUGGCCGGGCGCGCUACCCCGCGGCGCGGAGCUCCGGCCGGGCCUUGCUCUCCUGUCCGAGACCUUCUACGACCACUCCAACCUGUGGCACGGGCUCACGUCGCUGGUGCCGUUGGUGUCGUGGCAUGCGAGGCGCGGGUGCGGUCCCGCUCCCGCGAGGUGGGCCUUCUUCCACCAUGGCGAGGUCAGGUCGGGGAUGAGCGGGUGGCUGAUGUUGCUGGCCGAGGCGGCUACCGGUGCGCCGGUGGCUGUGGAGGAGUUUGGUGCUGCCCCGGUGUGCUUCGAGGAGGCCGUGGUCUUCAGGAGAAACUUGGCCGGUAUGAGCACGGAGAGGCUCCUGGAGGCGUUCGACUUCAUCCGGUGCAAGGCCAGGGCCAAGUGUGGUGUCGCCGACGCGUCCGGUGCCGGCAACGAAACUACAAACCUACGCGUCACCAUUCUCUUCCGCACGGGCGGCCGGUCCUUCAAGGAUGAGGCGGGCGUCGAGCGGGUGUUCCAGAAGGAGUGCACGCAUGUGGCCGGGGCAAGCUGUGUGCUGACCGUAGCGCAUUCCGACAACCUGUCCUUCUGCGAUCAGGUGAGGUUGCUCAGCAGGACGGAUGUGUUCAUCUCGGCGCACGGGGCGCAGAUGACGAACCUGGUUUUCAUGGACCGGAACAGCAGCAUCAUGGAGUUCUAUCCGAUGGGGUGGAGGCAGCGGGCGGCGGGCGGACAGUUUGUGUUCCGGUGGAUGGCGAGCCGCGCCGGGAUGCGGCACGAGGGCUCGUGGUGGGACCCCGCCGGCGACCCGUGCCCCGACGGCAACCCGGACAUUUUCAGCUGCUACAAGAACCGGCGGAUCGGGAUGGACGAGGCCGCCUUCUCCGAGUUUGCCACCAAGGUCUUCACCGCUAACAAGGAGCGUAAGUUGGUGAAGGCGCGACGAGGGCAAGAAGCGGGAACUAAUUGCCAAUGCAGCUAGCCCGCCCUCCCUCUAAUCUUGUGGUAGUUAAGAACAAGAAGAGUGGAAAUAACUAAAUGUGCGCAGCUACUGAGACAGCCAGCCAGCCACAAAUUAAAAUCAGCGACGUCAAAACGUAUGAUGAAUUUGUUAGGUUAAUUAAAGGAGAAAUUAACCAGGCACAUGGAUGAUACUCCGAACACAUAAAAAGCUCAAGCAAUUGUGAUGAGCUUGGUUAUGUAAAUCCUUCAGAUGUAUGGCAUAUUCAUCCAUCGAUGGCCCA